UCCCCCUUCCCCCUUAAACAGUCGCACGGUCGUCGCCGACCGGAAACGACGUCGCAGGCUUGCAGCCGUCCAGUCGCCGACCACUUCCUCAGUCCGUCCACAGCCAGGAUUGUGCUUCUCCGAGCUAUUGCUUUUGAAAUCCAGGCAUCCAGCCAUGGUUUCGUGUCCUGUUUUGGCUGGUUCAAAGGUAUUGCCUUUUGGUGUUUUCUUGCCGAACGGCAAUGCAGUUUCUUUCAGACAUUGUCACAAACACUUGGAAGACACUUUUCCAGCGAAGAAUUUACACUCCAACUCAUGCUUCAAGCUCAGCAAGACCCAUUUGAGUUCUUCUCUGUCAUUACAGAAACCCUCUGAACGUUUUUCUUUACUGCCAUUGAAAUGCUCCGGUUCACACUCUACUGCAAAGACUGAUGAUGGGAUCAUGUUCAGGAAUGGCUCUGUGGAAUCGAUAAAAUCAAACUUUUCUGAGCUGACCCCGUUCUUGAAUAGCCUGGGAAAUCACUCUGUGGAAUUGAUGAAAUCAAACUUUUCUCAGCUGACCUUGUUCUUGGAAAGCCUGAAAAAUCUCUCUGUGGAAUUGAUAAAAUCAAGGUUUUCUCAGCUGACCCCCUUUGACUUGUGCAAGUGGUCUGUGGUGAUUGCAAUUACAAUUGCAGUGCCAAAGUGGAUUGUCAGUGCAGUGUUCAAUCCAUUCUUCUGGAUGUAUUUUAGCUGGAGUUGGCUGUUCUGGCCAUGGAUGGCAGCGAUUGGGAUUGCUGCAUACGGGUUUUAUUGCCUUAACAAACAUUUGCGCGGUGAUGCCAAUGUGUUUGAGCAACUUGCCAUUGUUACUUCGGCAUUUACUUGGCUAACAUUAGUCCCACCUGCUCACUUCAAUGGAUUUCUCGAAGGGUGGCCAUUUGUGUUCUUUUUCGUAUACCAUUACUUCUUCUUCUUCAAUGUGAGUGUUCGGAAGCGUCUAUAUGGUGAUUUCUUCCCAAGAGAGCAUGAUCCCAAGUGGGAUAUUACCCUUCCUAAUUGGCAGAAGCUGUUAUUCUGUGCUGGGGUUGCAGUUGGGCAUUGGAUUGCAGCAUUUGAAGGACCCGAAUUGCAUCUCAUUCCCGGUGGCUGGAGCAAUGCCGGUGUCUGGGCUUUGAUCAUCGUCACGCUAUUCGUGCAGUAUCAUUCAACAUUGUAUUUAGCCAAUUAUUCAGAGAAGGUUGUGGUGCCCACUGCAGUUGUGCAGUUUGGACCUUAUCGGUUUGUUCGACAUCCCAUCUAUGCAUCAACCAUGCUCCUGUUUGCUAGCUAUUGCAUUGCAUUGAGGGCACCUCUCAGCACUCUCUUCACCAUUGCAGUUUGCUUGAUGUACUAUGGUCAAAAGGCUAAAUUAGAGGAAGUGGUAAUGGUGGAGACAUUUGGUGAGAGAUAUUUGGAGUACUCUAGGAAAGUUAAAUAUAGAUUCCUCCCUUUUGUUUAUUAGUUUGAGAUGAAAUGAGUAUUGCAGGAGGCCCUUUCAGAUUAAAAUUAAUCAGGAGUUUUGAUUCUUCUAACAAAGGUAGUUAUAAGCCUGAAUUAUUAGCUGAUAAGAUAAAAGAAAGAUCUUGAUGUUCAUCUGUCUCCAACCUUAGACUCUUGAAAGCACUAAUAUUUACAUAAAUUGUAAUCUGAUUUUCUUCACAUGAAAAAGCCUUACUCCCUGUUUGGUAAA